CUCCCCCAGUCUACAUGUCAUUAAUCCAGAGUCGGUUUGUAUCGUGCAAUACAUCGCAUUUGAUUUGUCGUUCAAGCAAUACUUAUUUCGUUCUCCCAAUGCGUGUUUUCACGCGUGCGCUCCACCGGCCGUGUGCUAUCGGUACUCGGAGCCUGUCUGAGACGAAGGUGAAAUCUAAUCGGAGCCCGGGAAUAACGGCGCAGUGGGGGAGAUGGCGUAGAUGUGCUUCGACUUCAACGUCGAGAUCGGGUGAAGUUCAGGGAAUUACGAUCGUUGAUCAUCAUUAUGAUGCAAUUGUCGUCGGUGCCGGAGGAGCGGGACUUCGUGCCGCUGUAGGCCUCACGGAAGCCGGGCUCAAGACGGCAUGCAUAUCGAAGUUGUUUCCAACGAGGUCGCACACCGUCGCUGCACAGGGCGGAAUCAAUGCGGCCUUGGGGAAUAUGACAACUGAUGACUGGCGCUGGCACAUGUAUGAUACUGUCAAAGGCUCCGACUGGCUGGGUGACCAAGACGCAAUACACUACAUGACCCGCGAAGCCGUCCCUGCAGUAGUCGAGCUCGAAAACUACGGCAUGCCCUUCUCCAGAACAUCGAACGGCACCAUCUACCAGCGCGCACUCGGUGGCCAAUCUCUAGAAUAUGGUAAAGGCGGACAAGCGUAUCGAACAGCAUGUGCGGCCGAUCGCACCGGCCACGCUAUGCUGCAUACACUUUACGGUCAGAGCUUGAAGCAUGGAGUUCAGUUCUUUAUUGAGUACUUCGCGCUCGAUCUAAUGAUGGAAGGGAAAAAGUGUGUUGGUAUUACAGCCAUGAACAUGGAGGAUGGAACGUGUCAUCGCUUUUUUGCUAGGAACACUGUGCUGGCUACUGGUGGGUACGGACGCGCUUACUUCAGUGCAACGAGUGCGCAUACAAGCACUGGAGAUGGAAACGCCAUGGUCUCCAGAGCGGGACUUCCACUUCAAGACAUGGAGUUCGUACAGUUCCAUCCUUCAGGAAUCUACGGCGCUGGUGUUCUGAUCACGGAAGGCGCCCGUGGCGAAGGUGGAUACCUUCUCAACGCCCAAGGCGAGCGAUUCAUGGAACGGUACGCUCCAACAGCAAAAGAUCUUGCCUCUCGAGACGUCGUUUCUCGAUCUAUGAAUCUCGAAAUUUUAGAGGGUCGAGGCUGUGGACCUGAUGCAGAUCAUAUCCACCUGCAACUGUCUCACUUACCCAAAGACAUCAUUAUGGAACGAUUGCCUGGUAUCGCGGAAACGGCGGCAAUAUUUGCAGGCAUCGAUAUCACGAAAGAACCCAUUCCAGUCUUACCAACAGUACAUUAUUGUAUGGGUGGUGUACCUACAAAUUACAAAGGCCAGGUUCUCGACGUAAACGACGGAAAAGAAGCCAUUGUCGAUGGCCUGUACGCAGCUGGUGAAGUAGCCUGUGUUAGCGUUCAUGGAGCGAAUAGAUUGGGUGCGAACUCGCUCCUCGAUAUUGUCGUAUUUGGUCGAGCAGCUGCACUGCACAUAGCAGAAAACCAUGCACCAUCUGCGCCUCACAAUGAAUCAUCAUCUACUGUUGGUCUUGACUCCAUCAGCGAAAUUUCAUCUAUUCUCCAAAGUCAAGGAAAAUAUCCGACGGCCUCUUUGAGAGACGAGAUGAAACGCACAAUGCAAAAUACAACCGCUGUCUUUCGCACCCACGAUUCUCUUGCCUCCGGAAAUAAACAACUUAGCGCGAUCGAAGGGAACUUCAAAAGCAAUCUCAAAGUAACAGACCGAUCGCUCGUUUGGAACAGUGAUCUGAUUGAAACUCUAGAGUUGCGCAAUCUACUAACAAAUGCCAUUCAGACUAGUAAGGCUGCUCUUACAAGAACAGAGAGUAGAGGUGCGCAUGCUAGAGAUGAUUUCAAGGAGAGGAGUGAUGAUGAGUGGAUGAAGCAUAGUCUGACAUGGCAGACGGAAGUUGGUGAUGAGGUUCGAUGGGGAAUUAGAGAGGUGAAGAUGGAGACGCUGGACGAAGAAGAGUGUAGAAGUGUGCCGCCUUUCAAACGGUCAUAUUGA